AUGCAAUCGAUAUACCAUUGGAAAAGUGUAAGGGUGAGUGAACUAUAACAGAUUUUUGUGUUUUUUCUGAUGAAUCCUAAUUUUUGAAAUUUUAGAUUCGCCGGAACUUGAAUUUUGAUCGAGUUGGAUCAAUCGCAUAUGCAAUCACCAAGUGAUCGAUAAAACACUGGACACAAUUAUGGUUAGUGAUUUAGUGAUUCAAAUUCUAUUCAAACAAGAAAAUAUUUGUUUUCAGAUUUCGCAGAACAUCAAAUAUCAAAUCUCGUUUGGAAAUUGGAAUUUCGCUCACGGAGACUAGUCCAUGUUUGAAAGUAAGUUGUUUUUUGGGUAAAAUUUCCAUAAAUGGGACUUUUCAAGUUAAUUUUUCAACAGUGGGAAGGUGGAGAAACCCUAUUCAGAAAGACUGACAAAAUAGUAUCGCUGUCCAAAAAAUGCGUGUUCUCUAGGUUUAUUCUACUUUCUCUCAAUUUUGAGAAAAUCGCGCAUUAUCCUUUGCUAUUUUAUACUUAAAUUGAGACAUUUCAGGUCACCAAAAAUCUACAACAACAUCUGCCAACCAUUCGAACACUUCACCUCCCCAACAACAACAACAACAAUAUCCGAUAA